UGCAUAUCAACUUAUUCACUAUAUGCAAUGUUUGAUAUAAAAAUCGAGUAGCCACAAGUUUUGAGCCCUCGUAAUUUUGUUUAUCUAUAAAUCUAGAAAAAGAAAAUAAAAAAUGAAUUGUUAAACUAUCUCGAAGCAGUAGAUAUGCCGGCGGACGAUAUGCCACAGCCAGGAUUCGAGACAAAUGAAAGCGACCUAGCCAUCAUGGUGGUAACGGCUCUAACCUUCUCCAUCUUCAUCGUGGGUUUGGCUUCGGUUUGCUAUCGCUGGACCGCUCGCAGGUUUUACACGGACGAGCAAUCCGUAAACCUGUCUACACACCCCGAACAUGAACUCCGGACCGUGAGGAGGGGUACGACGAGGCGUGGGAUCGACGCAGCGAUCGUGGAAUCGUUUCAGACGUUUCUAUACUCUGAGGUGAAGGAGCAGAGGAUUGGUAAAGGCGGGGUCGAGUGUGUGGUGUGUCUUUGUGAGUUCCAAGACGAUGAUAGGCUGAGUUUGAUGCCUAAUUGUUGUCACGUGUAUCAUGCUGAUUGCGUAAGUGUCUGGCUCUCUGAUCACUCCACGUGUCCACUCUGCCGUGUGGAUCUUGUCUUCCAACAGGGUCAGGGAAGCGACCCGGAUCCUGAACUAGGAGUUGUAGAUACUACAGAAGCGCGUUUGUCUGAAAGUAUGAUGUGGACUAAUAGAAGCAGACCACUUCGGUCUAGGUCGAUGAGAUUGCCCCAUUGCCGAGUCUCUGAUAUAUCAUUAUCGAGAUCUCAUUCGACCGGACAUUGUGUGGCUGAACCGGUGGAGAAUUUGGACCGGUUUACACUCCGGUUACCAGAUGGUGUACGGAGGAGACUGAUAAAGAAGACGCUGGUGAGAAGCUCGUGUGGUUUGUACAGAAGCAGAAGUGUCGGAAGCAGAAGCCAGAGGAGUGUCUUCUCAGAACAAUGGUGUAACUACAAUAACCAUCGGCGGAUACAUUCGAUGACUCUCUCCUUCACUGAUCAUCUUCGUGUAUGGUUGGCAGGAGAUGUGGUGGCUCCGCCGAACAGUGAGCAGUCAUCUAGAGAACUCCGACCAGAUGACCUAGUGUAAGAAUGCCAACUUUUAAGUGUGUUUUUGUUGCAACAUUUUGUUUGCUGCCAUUUGUAUUUGAACAUGACAAUUUUAGAGAAAAAAGGA